AUGUAUUGUGACAACCAAGCUGCAGUUUACAUUGCCAGUAACCCGGUCUUCCAUGAGAGGACCAAACACAUAGAGGUGGAUUGUCAUUUCGUUCGUGAUACUGUUCUGAAGAAGCUGAUUGAGAUUCUGUUUGUUCCGUCGACGGAUCAGUUAGCUGACAUGUUUACUAAGUCCUUGUUUACACCUAGCUUUUGCAGUGGUUGUACCAAGCUGAGCAUGGGAAUCUGGGAUUGUAACAUUAAAAAGGUUAUUGAUGCUUGUUCAGCCCCCGGAAACAAAACUGUUCACCUUGCAGCUCUCAUGAGAGGGAAAGGGAAGAUUAUAGCAUGUGAACUUAAUAAGGAAAGGGUCAAACGUUUGGAAGACACUAUCAGACGGUCUGGCGCUCCUAAUGUGGAAGUUUUGCAUGGGGACUUCUUAAAUUUAAACCCGAAAGAUCCCUUGUAUUCAAAGGUAAGGGCCAUUCUCCUAGAUCCUUCUUGCUCUGGAUCUGGUACUGCUGCUGACAGAUUGGAUCAUCUACUCCCAUCACAAACAAAAGGUCAUUCUGUGGUUGCUGUUGAUACUGAGAGGGUAAGGAAACUUGCUGCUUUUCAAAGAAAGGCUCUGUCGCAUGCGUUAUCCUUUCCAGCAGUUGAGAGAGUUGUUUAUAGCACUUGCUCCAUCCACCAGAUGGAAAAUGAAGAUGUGAUCAACUCAGUUCUACCACUCGCCCAAUCCUAUGGUUUUCAGCUAACCACACUACUUCCUCAGUGGCCUUGUCGUGGGCUACCCGUCUUCGAGGGCUCUGAGCAUUUGCUGCGAACAGAUCCCAUCCAAGACAUGGAAGGCUUUUUUAUCGCUCUAUUCGUCAGAGAAAAUAAGCAAAUGAAGAGUAAUGGCAUUUGUUCUGAAGAGGUUAAGAAUGAACCAUUGCACCUGCGAAAGAGAAAGAGAACCCUUCCAUAUAUUUUCUCCAGAAUGUCCAAAAUCAUGUUGUAUACCCACCAUAUCAGAUGGAAAAUUUCUGGUACUAACUGAUGAAUUCCUACAUGAACUAUUGGUGAAUUAAUGAUUUUUCUUCUUCUGCA